CUGACAUCGCACUUAUUGCGUGUUUUAUUCAACACGGGGUUUGCAGCUAAGGUUGUUUCGACCAGGCUCUGUGGUAGUCAGGACAGAGACAACGGCGAGUGGUGACAUACGAACCAGGGAUCUGUUCAAACUCCGGGGCAAUGUCUGAAGCUAGGGGGGCGUGCUACGUCAUACCGUCUGGCUUCGAGCCAAACAAACAAUUAAAGUACAGUUCUCAGCAUAUGAAUGCCCAAAAUACAUGUCUUUUACGAUCAGAGAAAGGUAGAAAAGGACAGUUGAAACAUGCCAACCAGUCUUUACAAUCUGACCAAAAGCCAGACAGCUGUAAGAAGCAUCUCUGUACUCGUCCUCAAAUCGAUAUACGGCGCAUUGUACAAAUCGGGCACAAUAGAAACACAAUUUCUUUUAUUCAAAAGAAAGAUAGCAAUGCCAGUGAUAGCAAUGCAACUAUUGUACAACUCGGAAACAACAACAUUGUAUAUGUAUAUUUAGGUGACAAACUCCCUUCGAACAUACUGCUAGGAGACACGGUCGUCGUGUACGUCCCCCCUGGGUGUGACGGCAGGCCCCGAGUGUUUGUCUGCGAACAGAGAGGACCUGACAACCAGAUCGUCACCCACUGUCGCCACAAGUCCCCACGGAUCUAUGAACGACAGACAUUCGGCAACUUCCUGUCACGACACUGUCACGUGAUCAGAUCUGUCCUGCUGCCAACUGCUUCCGGCUCCAGUAAGAAAGCUGCGGGCCGUCAUAAGCCGUUGACUCCCGGGGACUGCGAUGUCGUGACCAUCAAGCAUGGCGGCUCUCAUCGGACUAACACAAGCAGAAGAGUGAAACCUGAUAGCAGGAAGUACCUCGGGGGGUCAUCCCAUCGGGGUCAAGGUCACCAGAAAACUGUGAACCCCGUGUGCCUGAGAAUAGGCAUCCCUUAGACUUUCAUUUAGCCUCAGAAGAGGAUCUGUGUUCCUGUGGUCCACGCAUAUUCCAGUUAGGAAUACCUUGUAAGCCAUAUUGGCUCAAGCCUAAGACAUUUGUACAUUCACUAAGCAUCAAUUGCAAUGUUAGUAUAAAUAUAGUGUACAUGUACAUUUAUCAUAUAUUAUGUACCCUUGUAAGCCAUAUUGGUUGUAUCAAUGACAGCUGUAAGUUCUUAUACAUCACUUGCAAUGUUAGCAUAUAUAUUGUAAUGUCUGCUUGUAUAACAUAUACACAUGUAAAUGUAUUAUAUACCAUGUGCUCCUGUAAGCCAUAUUGGUUGUAUCAAUGACAGCUGUAAGUUCUUAUACAUCACUUGCAAUGUUAGCAUAUAUAUUGUAAUGUCUGCUUGUAUAACAUAUACACAUGUAAAUGUAUUAUAUACCAUGUGCUCCUGUAAGCCAUAUUGGUUAUAUCAAUGACAGCAGUACAUUCACUAUACACAACUUGCUAUGCUAGUAUAUAUGUAUAUUGUACUGCAACCUUGUAUAACAUAUACACAUGUAUAUUUAUUAUAUACCAUGUGCUCCUGUAAGCCAUAUUGGUUAUAUCAAUGACAGCUGUAAGUUUAUUAUAUAUAAGUUGCAAUGGUAGUUUAUGUUGCACUGCCAACUUCUAUAACACAUACACAUGUAUAUUUAUUAUAUACCAUGUGAUCAUGUAAGCCAUAUUGGUUAUAUCAAUGACAGAUGUAAGUUUAUUAUAUAUAAGUUGCAGUGCUAGAAUAUCUAUUGUACUAUCAGCUUGUAUAACACAUACACAUGUGUAUUUAUUAUAUACCAUGUGAUCCUGUAG